CAGUGAAUGUGAAGUAAACAAAACCCUCAUCUUCUGUCUGCAUCUGCUAGUCUGCUACAGAAGGAACGCAAUGGAGAACGAGAAAGAGAAGAGCCUCACCACUCUACCUCUUCCCUCUCUCUCUGCCACUGAUCGCAGCGACAUGGAGAACCAGAACGAGAAGAACCCCUCUCUGCCUCACGAGUCUCUAUCUGCUGCUGAACCAAGCAACGUGGCGAAGGAGAACGAGAACGAGAAGAACCUCACUCUACCUACCGAGUUGAUUUUCGAAAUUCUGCUUCGGCUACCAGUGAAAUCUCUACUUCCCUUAAAAAGGGUUUGUAAGUCAUGGUCCUCUAUUAUUUCCGAUCCCCAAUUUGCUAAAUCCCAUUUUGACCUGAAUGCUGCACCCACUGAUCGUCUUAUUCUUCGAUUUCUCGAUGAGGAUGGUAAUAGAGUUGAAUCCUUUGAUCUAGCUUCAUCACUUGACGACCGUGUCACCGUCAAAACCCACCAUGUCCCGUCUCCAUCCAUGUGGUGUAAUCACAACCCUUUACAUUACUUAGGUUCUUGCAGGGGUUUUAUGCUUUUAGCCUAUGAACAUACCGGUGAUGUCAUUGUGUGGAAUCCAACAACCGGUUUCGAUAAACAAGUUCCAGAUAUAGACCUUGGGUUCAUGUUUAGCUAUCUUUGUGGUUUUGGGUAUGAAAGUUCAACUGAUGACUAUUUUAUAGUUGUUAUAACCCUGUAUCGAUCUUUCCUCCCGGAAACUCAAAUGCGAUGUUUUUCUCUGAAAAGUGAUUCAUGGUGUGACACUAGGUAUGUUAAUGUUCAUUAUAUGGAUUAUGGACAUGAUUCUAAACAUGGGGUCUUCUUGAAUGACUCUCUUCAUUGGCUGGUCAUUUAUAAGGAUUCAAAGCUUCCUGUAGUUAUUGCCUUUGAUCUGGGGAAAAAGAGUUUAUUGGAAAUUCUUUUGCCACCUGAAUUAGCGAUGAAGUUGACACGGAAAGUGUAUUAUUUGAGGGUUCUGGGAGGAUGCCUCAGUCUGUGUUACUCAGGUGGAAGAGGUUGGCAUGAGAGGGCUGAGAUAUGGGUCAUGAAAGAAAAAGUGCAAUCUUCUUGGACCAAGGCUUUUGUUAUGACUAAUUCUUGUGACGUUCCUUGCAACCACUUUUAUCCACUAUGCUUCAAUGAACGUGGUCGAGUUGUUGGAACAAAUGGCAGAGGAAGAUUGAUAAAAUUUAAUGCCAAGGGAAUAGUGCUUGAGCAUCUCAAAUAUAAUCGGGAGUACAAACAUGUUCAAAAGUAUUUUGAAAUGUAUAGAGAGAGUCUUCUGUUUUUCCCUGGUGAGGAACGAUUCUAUUGUGUAACUGAAGAUGAGGGAAGUGAAGAUGCAGAAAAGAAAACAAUUGAAGAUGAGGAAGCAACUGUAGGUGAGGAGGCGAAAGCAACUGAAGAUGAGUAUGCAAGUGAAGAUGAGUAUGCAACUGAAGAUGAGUAUGACUCUGAAGAGGAGUAUUCAACCGACGAGGAGUAUUCAACUGGAGAUGAGUAUGCAACUGAAGAUGAGGAAGAGGAAGCAACUGAUGAUGAGGAUGGAAUUGAAGAAGACGAAACAACUGACGACGAGGAAGAGAACUAAAGAUAACCUACAGUAACUGUCCAGGAAACAAAAAAAACUAGUUAACACUUAGGUGCCUUUACAAUUCCUGACUUUUAUUAUUUAAUGUGUUGUUCGAUGUUUUCACAUGAAGUUGUGGAGAUAUUGUGGUCUUAACCAUAAGGGAGCUUGAAGAUGGGAUUGAGUGAAAGGGUUGAAACUAAUCAAGUUGUGAUAUGAAUGGAUUUUGCGUGUAAUGGAUUUAACCACAUUGUCACAUUGGUCUAGUAUUUGAUUUGAUACGGUUUUUUGUAUAGUUUCAUGAUAUCCCUAAAGAUGCUUUGUAGUUUGUAUGCCUUUAUGGCAAGGACGGUGCAAUGGAUGAAAAAAAAUUAGAAUUUCAACUUAACAUA